AUCGUGCAGGUUGAAGGAUUGAGGAGGCCUUGCGAGGCACAAUGGUGUUUCCAGGACACAGAGCUUCUAGGGAAAGAGAGGCGUGAACUCAGCUGAACUCAGCUUCCUCAAGCUGGAAACCUGGUUCCAUCUCAAGGUCCUGUGUGAGGCUCUGUGCUGGCUAUUUGAGUACAGUUCUGGUGAUGACAUGGGCAAGGAGGAGCUGCACGCAGGAGGUGGUCAAAGAGCUGGCAAAUGGCUUCAGGUACUCCAUCUCCCUGGACAGGGGCCAACUGCACUGCACCAUCAUCAAUAACCAGGGCUGCUCUGAGAGUGAAGAUGAGUCCACUCUGUCUGUAACUGAGGCCUGCAGGAUGCGUGCCCUCCAGGCAGGCAUGAUGCAGAGGCUCUCAGAGUCUGUGCUGCCAGCCUUCCCCAGCAGAGUCCUCUGCAGUGUCAUCAACUCCCUCUACAGCUACUCAGGCUCCAGCACUUCCCACCAGGUCCUGGACCAGCUGUUUCCCAG